AUCGCAUAUAAUUCAUUAAUUUAUUUAUAUAAAAUAGUAUAGCUUUGUAUAGUCAUAUAUUCUCUAUUUUCUGGAAGGAAUAAUAUGAUUUUAUUGAAGAGAUAUUAAUAAUUUAAAAAAUUCUUGAAAUCAAAUGCCAUUAUAUAUCAUUUGCAAUUAAAUACAUGAUGCCUGUUUCAUAUUAAAAAAUAGAAGAUAAAACAUUCAAAAAAUUGAAUACAGAAGAUAAUAUAUUUUUAAUAAAGUCGGACAGAAUAUCUUGUAUAUGUACAGCGUGAGUCACUUAACGCGUUUCAUUUAGUCAAUUCUCUUUCUCAUAUGUAACCAGCACUUGCUUAGUUUUUGAGCAUAAUAUUUUAAAUUAGAGUAAUAUUAUCGUAAAUUUAGUAAAAGUUUCGAAGAUGGUAUUUAGAGUUAAUACAAUCCAAGCUAUAUAUAGAAGAAUAUUUGAGUUAGUAAGAUUCAACGAAUAAUACAUGUAAAUGCAGAUCACGAUAAAGUAGAUAAAAUAUGCUAGAAACAUUUGUAUUUUUAACGCACGCGUUCAAUUUUGCCGCAAAUCAAACACAUAAAUUUAGUUUAGUUAUUUUGCUCCGUCUAGUAUAUUUAACUUAAAAUGUUUCUUUUUUGACUUAUACAUAUCUAUACGGAUGUAUAAAAUUUUUUCUAUCGAUCAAGUGGAUACAAGAUUAAAAUUGAAAUUUUUCUGUUUAUAAGUAAAUAGGAAAUCAUUUGAUACGAAGAAAAUCCAAACAGAGUAACAAAUUAGCGUGCAUAUACACGCUAAUCUGUCAAAGAAUCAUUUUAUUUUUAACUUGGAAAUGUGACGAAUUCGAUAUAUACGAUAAGUUUCUCUGUUUUAAAGAAAAAUACUAAUCACGGUGCGCGCGUAUUAAGUGCCUCGUUUUAUAUAUACAUGCAUUAUGGAAAAUACUGAUUUACGUCAAUAUGUAAUUUUUGAGUUCUCAUUUACUAUGACCUACGCACGAUUAACAAAUCAUAACGUCGAAGAAUUUUAUCUGAAAUAUACAUUAGUCAAAUACUAACAUAACUUCAUCACCGUAACGCAUUCUGGUCCAGUAACAAUCUUUCGUUUCAGUAUUUUCAGAGUUAUAGAAAUUGAAGAAAAAAUUAAGAUAAAAAUUUUUCAAGAUUCGUAGGAAUUCUUGGAUCAAAAGAUGUUUUAUUUGUAUGUAUAAUUUAGUAUCAUUUUUCAGAUUGGAAAGGAUCUAUCUUGUCCAUAUCGUGUAAUUUUGGUUAAACAUACUUUGUAUUAAUUUUCAUAUUAUUAAUUGUAUCAUUUUUUUUGUAUUAAUUUUUAUAUUAUUAAUAUAUAAUCGAAAUGUAUAUCAAUUUUUAGCAAAUGUCUAUUUUUUCCGCAAAAUACGAUAUUCUGCUUAUUGUUAGUAAAGAAACAGUAUGUUAUAGAUAAAGUUCGAAAACCGUUCUAUAUAUUGUAUCGACGAUAUUAAUAACUUGAACAGUAAUUAAUUAUAUUAGGAUAUAUCAAUAAGUUCGAUCUUAUACGAACGUUCAAUAGUAACGAAAAUUUUAUAUGUCAAAUCGACCAAUGGUUGAUUUAAAUUGUUUUGCGUUUGGAUCUCUGAUUAUUGCAAAUAAGGACAGAAAGACUGGUGGAACAAGAAAACUAGAUCUAGAAUGCAUGCAAAAUAGAAGGAAAUUAACUGCCAUAGUCGGAUUAUGGCCAUUAUAAAAUUAUUAGUAACUGCUUUAUACGAUAUUUUUAAAAAUAGUUGGCAGUGUUACAUAAAAAUCGUUACAUUAGAUUCGAUACGAUACGAUAUCAUUAAGUUACGCAUACACACACAUAAUUAAGCUUAUCUUCUUGCAUUGUAUAAGAUUCCUUUACCACUUCCUUCAUAAUUUAGUUAUGCGAAGUAUGGAAACGUACAGGGUGCUUCCUUAGACUUUUUUAAUUACUUAGACAAUUAAUUAGAAACGAGAAAUUUCUGAGAUAAAAAUAAUAUGAUUCUUAGUGCGAUCAUUUUUUAGUGCACGUCGAUUUUUUAAUUUAUUGAAAACCGACAUAAUUUUGUCAAUCCUAGAGAUGCAUAAUGUUUUGUAUUCUCGAUGUAUCAAUUUUACAUAAUAUUUUAAAAAAUCUUGAAAAGCGACACAUCAUAUCGUCUGUAAUUUGGAAAAUGGAUAAACAAAUGUUCGUAAAAUCGAUUAAAAAAUUUCGCAACCCGAUAUUUCGUUCUGAGUAUAAUUUUAAGCUAAACGAACGAACGUUGGCUGUCGAAUCGAUUAAUAUAAAAAGACCGAUAUCUGUAGUACUUUUACGUGUGCUGCUCAAAAUAAUUAAGCGAUCACCUCCUAAAUUAUACAAUUAAAUAAAUACAUAAGCUUAAUCAUUGCUAAAGUCAACAGAGUGCUAUUCAAAUUAUUUCGAGCAGCGUAAUUUCUUACAAGAAAUAUGCUUAUAAAGUAAGAUAAAUAAAUGAAAUUCGAUGUGCUGAUACAAUUUGUGUGCAGUAACAUUAUUUAUUGUAAAAGGAAAAAUAAAACAAUGUCGAGAAAUAUCUCUAUACGAAUAAAUUCGAGAAAAUAGGUGAUAAUAAAAUUAUCCGAUAUUGAAGUAAAGAUAAUUUUAGUGCAAAUUAAGUAUUAAUAUUGUAAGAAGGGGGAGAAAAUUCGUUCGAUCAAUAGUUUAUCACAAUGUAAUCGUUAAUGAUUGACACAAAGCUGCCUCUGAUGCCAAUAAUCUCGUAAAACGAUAUUUUAAAUAGGAAAUAUGUAUAAGAUAUUUGACGAAAAAUGUGUACUAAAGUAACGAAUAUAUAAAUGAAAAAAGGAAAUAUCAAAUAAUUUUAUUAUUCUCUUCAUUUGAUGAGUAACAAGAGUAACGUCAAAAAAUAUCACGUAAGAAUAUAUCAUAGGAAAUAACGUAAAAAAUAACAAGUUCUUACUUCGUUCUUUCUACAAAUUCGAUAAUACUUUGACUGCCUUUGUACGUUACAUCGUUUCAACUCAAAGAACAAAUUAUUCAAAAGAAUUUGCAAAUACGUAAAGGAAGUACAAAUAUUCUAUAAAUUCAGUAACAUUUAACACUACCGUAUCUCAAACUGUUUUAAUUUAAAAAUAAUAUUAAAAUUAUUCUUAUAAAUUUAAAAUUAUUCAAAAUAAUUGAAAAUUGUUAGCAAAGAACUGGAGAAAAAAUUAAAAAAGAAAAAAAUCAUUUUGAAAUCGGAAAUCUACGGGUUGUUUUACGAACAUUUACCUUGUCCGAAAGGUUGGCUCCGUUCGGAAAAAUCCCAACCUUACCCGAGUACCGCGAUGGUGUACCCCUGGCGCACGCUCUCAACCAGUACCGAAAAGUUCUCGAGGCGGGACUUUGCGCAAAUGAUUCGGACAAAACCGCAUGUACAGGAAACGUAACCAGUAGCCGGUGGUAGUGGCGAGGAUGGCGAUGAUGGCGGUGGUAGAGGGACACGAUUGCCCGAUCGUGACCGUAGUAGCAACAUGGGGUAAAGGUGCGAGCGAGCGAAAAACUGGAGAAAGGGAAUAAACGAGUGAGAUAAAUUGACGAGUGGGAGCGACCAAGAAAUAUAAACAGCGAAACAGGGAAGAAAAUAUCAUACCAUUUGCGUGUUGGAAGAGGAUGGCCUGAGCUCGAGGUAGAUGGAAAGGGAGGUAAAGGUGGGUGGCGGUGGUGGUGGCGGCAAAGGAGAAAAAGGGGGGCUGCGGAGGUGAGAAGGUAGGAGAACCAGCCUCUGCCAGUAUCCACGUGUUCAGUGUAGUAGCGCGUUAUGACCCGGAUGUUAGAUCGUAGCUGCAGUUUUGCGAGAACCUGCCGACCCGGAUGUCUCGUUCGUCGUCUACAAGUGAUCCGCUACUAAUGUCCUCCUGGUUACCGAAAUAUGUUCAAUCGGAUAGAUGCGAGCAAAUCAACGAAAGGUGCCAGCAAACUUCGAAGGGACCUGAUAAAUGCCGAAAUCGCCAACUUACGUGAUUUACUGCCAUUACCGCCCUCAACUCGUCAGAGGCUUUCCCAGUUACAGCUUAUGGCCUUGGUCUGCGUAUUUCUUCGAAAAGCCAAUUACUUUCAACAAGCCUUGAAAAACUGUCCGUCCGACUCUUCGAAUAUCCCGACCCCUAACAUUGGAUUUUCAAAAGCCAUGUCCGGAUUUAUAAUGAUGAUGACCCAGCAAGGGAAACUGUUGUAUAUAUCGGAAAAUGCGGCAGAAUAUCUUGGACACUCUAUGGAGGAUUUGCUUAUCCACGGGGAUAGUGUUUACGACGUAAUAGACAAGCAAGAUCACAUGGUUGUACAAAAUCAAUUAUCUAGAAAUAGUCCAAUUCCAAGCGAUAGAAGAUUGUUUCUUUGUCGGAUCAACGUAUCCAGGAAUUCUCGGAGGCAACUUCGUUUCGGCGAUCAAAAAGUGGUUUUAGUUGAAGGCCAUUUUUUACCUUUCGUUCCUGUUUGUAAUCGAAAUGAGUUUGUUUUCCUUGCUUCCUGUACACCCGUUGUUUUGCCAGAAACUAGAGAAAGUAUCGUGCAGGGUGCGACAAAUAUUUUCACCACCAUUCACUCUAUGGAUAUGAAAUACCUUCAUAUCGAUAAAACUGCUGAAAGCCAUUUGGAAUACACCCGUAACGAAUUAGUAAAUAUGUCAUGGUAUAAUUUAUUACACUGGGAUUCGAUACGAACAGCAUAUUGCAAACAUCAGACUGUUAUUCAAUCUGAUCAAGAACGGUCAGCAACUGCAUUGUUGAGACUGCAAAGUCGUUCCGGACGGUGGUUCUGGGUGCACUGCGUUUUACAAGUCAAAGAUACUUCCGAAGAAUGUCAACACCCUAUCAUUGUGUGCACGAAUCAAGUUCUGAGUGACAGGGAGGCGGAAGUAAUGCGUUCAAGUUCCUGGCUGUACCAGUAUUCAUCCCAAACUAAAUUUACUUACACCAUCUGCUCCGGGAGUCAGAACCGCGGUGUGCCAUAUGCUACCGGGAGCCAAAGUAAUCAGCAGCAAGAUUACAGUCGUUCCUUAUCCCACGCACAUAACAACGACACGCAACACUCUCCUGAUAUACGAAAUUCAGAGCAGGAUCCGCACAAUUCGUCGAAGACACAGUUAAAGGAUUACGCAACUAGAAAUCCACGAGAGGAUGCAGAACCGGUUGAUAUGUCGAUCAGUAGUAGCGAGCAUGAGAAUAGGAACGUACACAUGAAUAUUCAACAUGGUCAUUAUGCGCUUGGUCAAUUCGCAGAUAGGUACAAAGCGCAUCAUAAAAAUUCACUAAAUUUGAGCGGUUAUCGCGCAAAAUUUAUGCAAUGUCACAGCCAAUACAGUAUGGACACGUUGUCGCCCAAGUACUAUAUCACGGACUUAGAUAAGGAGUACUGUUGUAACGAGAGGAAUAGCAGCCAUAAACGACUUCCGGGUAAAGCGUUAUCCACGACAACAGGAUCGACAGCAGAUCCUUCGGAGUUACCCAUGGAACAUUGGAAUUCGAGUCCAGUUUGGUCGGAUACUCUGCAAAGGGUACCGGAUGUCGUUCACCAGGAACUUAGCCCAUACGUAGCGACGCCAACUACGCCGGUCGACACUCCAGACUCCGAGCUACAUCCGGAAACUCCAAUUUUUAAUUUCGAUUGGGCGGCCGAACAGCAUGUGCCCAAUUUGAAGAUCACGUUUCGUAGCUCGAAUCAGGGGCCCAGGAAAGUCCAGGAUGUUCAACCUAUCACGUUGCAGUUACCACGGAAAAAGGGCCAGUCCAUGAAUGAUUCUAAAGACUUUCCUAAAUAAGACUGUGCACUGGUUUAAUUGGUGCUUUACAGUUAGAUAGGCAAAUAUUUGUUUUCUCUUUAAGUAGGUAUAACUUUGUAAGUUUGAGAGUUCGAGUCUGUGAGUUGGAUGAAAGUUGGUAUAGAUCAGUUGAAGAUUAGAUUAGAAGAAUUUGUAAAAAAUUUAAAGAAGGGAAGAUCAAUUUUGAAUUGGUGACAGUCGAUCCAUUAAAUUAGUUCCUAAUAUAAUAAUAUUGAGAGAUUUAAGAUUGACUGGUAUCAUACAGGAUUGGAAUUGAUUUUUUAAUCAGAUCAUUUUUCAAUUAGGGUAAAAAUGAUGCAUAUAAUAAUUUCGUAAUUUUUAUUAAAAAGAAACUUGUUUUUUCGUUGGAUUGAAAGCUAUCAUCAGUAUUAAAUAAAAUCUGCUUGCUGGUUACAGAGAUUUAUGGGUAAGAUGCCAUAAAGUAUUAGGGUAAUUAAUAAAAUGUAGACGUGGAAAUUUUGUCAUAUACGUAGAAAUAACGAUCGCAAGAGUACCUAAUUUUUUUUAGUGGUAAAAAAAUACUUUAACUAGCGUCUAAAAGUUUUAUAGAAGAAAUUUUAGGAAAAAUGUUGAAAUACAGCUUUUUAGAAAUCAUUUUCGUGUAAUAUUUUUAAAUAAUGGACAUUUCAGUAUAGUAGCAUUAUUAAUAUCUUGGCAAAAUGUUUAAUAAUUAACAAUGAAGUUAAUUGCAUAAGUUUUAGGCGAAGUUCAAGGAGAAGGAAUGCCCAUU